CAAGGUGAUAUCACGGCAGAAGCAGAAAGCAGAAGCAGAAGCCGCUCCGCGUUCAACACAGGCAGCUGUUAACUAUCAAGCUGAAGUUUCGAUCGUAACUUUGCAGUUCACUGUCGCGCACGGAAGCGUUCGGAAGUGAAAUAUAUUUUAUUAAAUAAUAUUAAAGCAGUUGUAUACCAGAAUACGCCUAGCCGAGAUCGCGCCGCUUAGCACGCACGCAAUAUCAUCAUCAUAAAAUAAUAUAACCUAACAAAAGCAUAACGGAGUUUUUACUCAAGGCGACCGUACAUCUUCUGUCCGAUUGCGGUUAUAAAAUCGAGCCAGUUUUUAAAUUGCGUGAAUAGCACAACAAGUAUUUUUAUGAUUAUAAAUUUCAAAAUUGGCCGUAACGAAAAAUCGAAUAGUGUGUGGGUUUAAGCGACUUUUUAGAAAAUUUUGAAAUAUCGAAAAGUUGUUCAAAGCGACGUGAAAAGGACUUUAAACCGACGGAAAAAUCGCAUCUGCAACUUUACUUUUCUUUUAGCUACCUAAUUGCGAUUUCCGUCAUAAAAGCAUCAGCCCACCGAGCCAACGAAAACGCCUACAUACAACCACACACACACACACACCACACCACACCAACAGCAACAGCAGCAGCAACAGUCGCAUGCACGUGUAGUGGCUCGUACGCUUAGUAGUGUGCGUGAAAAGCAACAAUAACAAAGUUUAAACAUUAUUACACAACGUAAGGGAAGGUGGUAGACCAACAGCUGAAAAACACUAAUAACUGCGCGCCAACAAAUAUUAACGACAACGACGUUCAUCAUAAAAAGUAGCAACAAAAAGUGUGUAAGCAACUACUUAAACAGCCAACGAAACAACUGCAAACAACUAGAAUUAAGUGCGCUUACAACACACACAAUCGUCUGGCCGCCGAGAAAUAAAGUGUCAAAGCGAAGCGAUUUAAAUCACUUCGCCGCCACCAACGCACCGACACACACAAACAACAUAUCCACAACGAGCACACAAACGAACAGCGCGACGUCGCCUUCGUUGAAAAGCGUUUCGCAUACAGUCCUCCGCCCUCCGCGCAAGGAAAACGCCCAGCGUCAUUGCUGUUAUCGGCCGCAAUUGCACGCACACAGCGACACUGCGCAGCACCAAUACCAGUGCACCAAAAACAGCCGACACAUUUACAGCGAGCGACACCAACACACACUGCACCGCUGAACGCCUAGAUAACUAAUACGCUGGUAAUUAACGCGCACUCAGCCAGCAGUCAGCGCGCCGCACGUCGCGAUAUCAGUUGAUUUGUUCGUUUAAGCACCGCGCGUCAUACGUCGCACGUCGCGCAACGUCGACUACUCGUCUUGUAGUCUCUCCAGCAAAUAGCGAGUGCAACAUUGACUCCCCCGCCUUGCGGCUAAUAACGGUGUUAUUCACUACUUGUUUUAAUUAUUGCCAGCGCUGAGUGAGCUUGCGCUUUGUCUAAGCAUACAAGUAGCCAUAAUCGUUCCAUUGGGGAGCGCGAGCGUAAUCAGAAAGUCGAGUGCACACAUACACAGGCACAAGCGCUUAGCUGAAAUAAAACGAGACAUAGGCACACACACACAAGUGCAGCAGCAGCAGCAAUAGCAAUAGCAACAGCAAAGCCAAAAGCAACGACAAAAUGUUCGCUGUAAUGAGAAUCGACAACGAUGACUGCCGGUCGGAUUUCCGCCGCAAGAUGCGUCCAAAGUGUGAAUUCAUUUGCAAGUAUUGCCAGCGGCGUUUCACCAAACCCUACAAUCUGAUGAUUCAUGAGCGCACCCACAAAUCACCCGAGAUAACGUACUCCUGCGAGGUCUGCGGCAAAUACUUCAAGCAACGCGACAACCUGCGUCAACACAGAUGUAGUCAAUGUGUAUGGCGAUAAACAGCAAACGCCAGCUCAAACUUAAGCACUUCUUCUCUCAUGCACUUAAAUUAAAAACGCUAAAGCGAAAAAGCAAAAACAUGAAACAAAAUAUAAAUAUGACAUACCUACAUAUAUAAAUCACCUAAAACCCAGCUAUAAAAAGCAAGCACAAAUGUUGCACACACGCACGUAUGCACCCAUGCACGUAUGUAAACGUACGCUCUCACCACCACUUGCACUUUGCACGCAAACAAACAAAAACAACAGCAACAAUAAUUUGGCAAAAUAUUUAAAUAUGUAAUAAUAAAGUAAAGCAGACUGUGAAUCUUGUAAACGCUCAUGGCGCGGCGCUGCAACCGACCUCCAUGUGGCGGCGCGUAGCCUCGGCCUCCGCGGUGGUGUAUGGGCUCUUUGGUGACUUGGAAAUGUUUGAAUUGAACUUUUGGUGAUUGGUUUUAUUGACGGCGGCAGUUUAAGUGAAGCUUCCCUAAACGGACUUUCAAAGAAAGUAAGCCUUCAAAUACAUACAUACAUACAAAUAAGCGGUUGCUUGCGCAUCAACUUAAUUGCCCACAGUCUCUGGCAGUUUGGUGAGUGGUGGAACAACUCUUUUCACACACAUUCUAUCAUAAGCACAAACUCAUAGCACUCAUUGCAUUCUGCACUUGGAAAAACGGAAAAUAUUGCACACAUACACAUACAUACAUCAGCAUAUAAGCACUUCCACAACUGUAUAUAUAAACAUAUAUACAUUGUAAUGUAUAUGAAAAGCACUAAGUUCAUUAGCAUUCGAGCUCCUUCAUUGCGUACACGCUGUGUGGCACACAAGACGCAAGGACGCUUCGGAUGUUUCCACCAACAUGUACGCACAUACAUACAAGCAUUCACAACACUUACGCAAUAUUCCAACAAAAUAUGAAAUGCACCGCAUUACAGGAAUAAAUAUAUACAUACAUACACAUGUGUAAAGCUGUUUUUGUUUUGCUACAGAAGUAUGCACAUGGAUACUUGCGGACGCAUGUACUAAGCAAGCCAGCAAAGCCCGCAAAAACUCCAAAAACAACUCCUAUACGUAUGUACAUGUACGUAACAAAGCGCAGCCAAUGCUUCAGCUAAUUACCCAACUGGAAUAACAGUAGAUAAGUAAGUACAUAUGUACAACAACAGCAUGCCACAUAGAUCCACCCAAGAGCCUCGGACGUAUACCAACAGUGCCACAACAGCCUUCGAUACAAUUAACUCCGCUUAAUAACAACAACAAAACCAACAACAACAUCCACAUCGACUUCAACUGCGGCGCUGUUGCGAAAGCGCAAUUAAGCGACGACUUUUUGCGUUUUUUAACUUCAGCGCCACGCAGCGCGCCCAACAUCCAGCGCCGAACGAAGAAGCAGCCGCAACGCGUAGAAAUCUUCGCUUGUCACAAGCCACCAAGCAUGAGUCAUAAGCGCGCAACAAACUUUGCAGUAAACUUUUCAACUUCACAUCUUCACAUACAAGCACACACACACACACAUAUACCCAGCAAAUACUUUCGUACGUGCAAUGUCAGCAAAUCAGCGUUGUCCAGCGCCUCAACAGGAGUGCCUGCUGUGUUUUCAAGCGGCAGCGCGCGCUCGCAAAUACCCAACCAGUGCUUUCGCCUUGGCGCGCAUGCUCACGCGUCCGCAGCAACGCAUCGUGUUGCAACAACAUCCACUGGCGCGCUCCUCCUGCUAAGCGUGCACUGUGCCUGUGCUGUAUUAUUAUAUUAUAUUAUAUUUUUUAUCCUCUGUUUGUUAUAAAAAUUCUAAUUUUCUUGUUAAACAAAUUCACCUCCCUCUUCUCUGCGUACGCCCAUAAGCUUUCCUCUAAUUAUUUAAGCGCUUGUUUAUUAUUUUUCUAAUUUUCAAAAAACAAAAAAAAAAACAAAAAAAAAAAGUUUAAUCAAACUAAUUUAAAAAAAUAUUGAGUUUUGUCGGCUUCGAUCGCCUUAAGCUUUUUGAUAUAAAUGAGAAGGAAAUGUGCACUAUUCAAGUAACGAUUAUGUAUGUAGUGGUAAUGAUGCGAUGCCUAUUAAAUAUGUCAGCAUUUUGUAGCGUUUGCAUGCAGUCUCCUACUUGCCGCUCGCUCUGCGCCGCCUGUGCCCCGCGAUUCUCUUGAAUUGUCUCCACAUUUAAGACUUAUCUCGUGGCAAUUACGAGUAUUAUAGACAUGAAAUAAUUAUUUACUAAUACACACACACAAUAAACACAUACAUACAA